CUAAAUGAUAAUGCGUAUCAAACAGAGUAAUUGAGCGAUAAAUCGGCCUGUGUUUUGCGUAUUUUGCGAAACGCGGAGGCGCAGUUUUUAUUUUCUCCUCCCUCGAAUUCUCGAUCGUGUCGCGCGUUUCUACACCCGCUUCGCUCACUUCGCUGCACCAGGACCAGGCUGCACUCGUCCGUGACGUCAGUGCAAUGGCGACUCUCAUGGAGACGAUGUUGGCAUGCCGAUUAAUUCUCGCGUCGUUAUCGCGGAAUUGCGAGCGUGUCAUUCCCGGCGCGAUUGCGGUCUCGAAAAGGAGUUACUCGAAUACCGCGAAAAAUGAGGAGACCUACGACGUCGUCGUCGCUGGAGGUGGCAUGGUUGGCACGACGUUGGCAUGCGCCAUAGCAAAUAAUCAAAGACUAGCGAACAAAAAGAUCUUACUUUUGGAGGGUAACACUAAACAGGAAUACACACCGCAGGAGCAAUACUCCAAUCGAGUUGUCGCAUUGAAUCAGCAAACUCGUAUCUUAUUAUCCAGUAUAGGAGCAUGGAAACACAUAGAGGCAAUCCGCUGUUCUCCAGUAAGAAGAAUGCAGGUGUGGGAAGCAUGUUCCGAUGCUAUGAUAACGUUCGACGAGGAUUUGUUGAACAAUAAUCUAGCCUAUAUAGUCGAGAAUGACCUAUUGUUGCACGCGGUCAACAAGCAGCUUUCUGAAAUGGAAAAUGUUACUGUAAUUUACGAUUCUAAGGUUGUCAAUAUAAAACUUCCAAAGACAUCCAUGGAGUUUGUCACUGUACAGCUGCAAUCUGGGGAGCAAUACAGGACUAGGUUACUGGUGGGCGCCGAUGGUGUUAACUCGCUGGUAAGAAAGGCGAUGGGGGUGAUUUAUCUUAACUGGCAAUACAAUCAAUCGGGCAUUGUCGCGACUCUCAAGCUGUCUGAGCCCACGGAGAACAUUGUCGCUUGGCAGAGAUUCCUCCCAACAGGACCCAUCGCAUUGCUUCCGUUGACAGAUUCUAUCAGUUCGCUCGUAUGGAGUAUAACGAGUGAGAAGGCGAAGGAACUGAUGAAAGUCUCGGAGGAGGAGUUUGUCGACAGAAUAAACGAGGCGUUGUGGCGGACCUAUCCGAAGAGCAGCAUCGUCGAGACCGGGAUGUAUGGAUUCCACUGGCUGCUCUCGAGACUCGCCUUGAAGACCAACGCGUCCAGGCAAAUGCCGCCCUCCGUGGCAGCGAUCGUCGAGGGAUCACGGGCAGCGUUUCCCUUGGGUUUCGGCCAUGCCUCAUCUUACGUCCAGCCAGGCACGGUGUUGGUUGGGGACGCUGCGCAUCGAGUUCAUCCCUUGGCGGGUCAAGGUGUGAAUUUAGGUUUCGGCGACGUGACGGAGCUGACGCAGAUUCUCGCCGAGGCCGUCGUGAACGGCAGUCAUCUCAGUGAUAUCCACUAUUUGCGAAAGUAUGAGACAUCCAGGCAACGUCACAACGUACCAAUGAUGUUCGCCAUCGAUGGACUCUGUCGGUUCUAUCAAUACACCACAGCACCCGUUGUUCUUGGUAGAAGCCUGGGAUUGCAACUAGUGGAUGCUGUGCCACCAUUCAAGAGACUGUUGAUGCAACAAGCUGCGGGAAAUAAUAUUUUUAAAAAAUGCUAGUUAAUAGUGAGAUUACAAUGUAAAUAGAAAUAUUGUGACAUUACGCUAAUUAAGAAUAUUUUGGAAUGUGAA